AUGCUACGAUGGGAAAUUCUCCACUUGCAGAUGAUAGCCUUGACCGGCACUAAUGGGAAUGCAUUCGCCGCCCACUAUAUCGACGUAACACAGACUUGGGUCGAUCAAAUCCAGGAGCGUUUCCAGCUGCGCACGGAAGUCCGCGAGAGACAGGACUCGGGCCCGCCCGAGGCUUCCCUUCUGACAACCGCAAUGCUGGACAAGCCCUAUGCGCACGGCUCUGAUGAGGCCGAAGGUAGCUUGGCUGGGAAUUUUGACUCUGAUUUGGAUGUCUCUUUUGAUGAGGACACCUACUGA